CAGCGGCGGCGAGAGCCCACGCCCGAGCGCUACGCUGCAACGCCGUCAUCGCCUACGCCGACACCGCCGCCAUCUGCGAAGAUGUAUGCGUGCUAUCUGCAUCGGGCACGGCAGCUGUGAUUAAUCUUGAUUGCGACAUGAACGCCGAAUUGGAUGCUGCUAUGUCAGUGGCCAACGGCACAUCCAAAGCAACAAUAGAAGAAGUAGAGAGCGAAUGUUCCGCCGCGCACGUGCCCUACUCGCCGGGAGCCGGGCCCUACCGCGCGGAGUUAUCCACAUGCGGCGGCUGCAGACGAGCGCGAGUGCCCGCGGUGCUGUUAUCUACUUGCUCUAAACCCAGCAGACUUGCCUCCUACUCUAAAGCGGUUACUUUGACUGCCGUGGAGACAGCUCGUGGAUUGGCUCGGCGCGGUCUUCAUACGCGAAUGCAAGUGUUCACAGCCCGUGGAUUGGCGCGGCGCGGUCUUCAUACGCGAAUGCAAGUGUUCACAGACGCGCUCACGCCGAAACGCGACGCGCCACCUUACGCUUUUGUGCAGGCGUGGCGCGGCAAAGUGCAGGGCGGGGGCCUGACGGUAGGCGGCGUUCGCGGCGCCGGCGAGCGGCAAGUGGGCCGCGCACUCGACGCGCUCGCCUACAAGCUGCGCCGCCUGCAGCCCGCCGCGUUACUCACCGCCGCCUUCCGCAUCGACCUGCCCGAGGACGAGAUCCAGCUGGUGGUGUCGGGCACGGCGGUGCGGCUGGCGGACGCGCGCGAGCCCGAGCGGCGGCUGGGCACCGGCGACGCUGACGACGACAUCUUCGCGCUGGACGAGGAGCAGCUGGCUAGAGCGCCGGUCGAGCCGGUGGAUGAGAAGAUGGCUAAUGGACAGACACCCACAACAGUAUCUCUGACGUCAGUGUGCACCAUAAGCGGCGCGCGCGCAGUAAGACGCGUCUGUGCGUUGCGACUACUCUUCGUAAGAGAAACCACUACUGUGCGGGAGCUGGGAGGACUUAGCGGGUUUCUACACACGUUUACUUGUGAGAGCAUCGGCUAUUUCACAAGCGACUCGACUCCUCUCAUCCCCGAACAGACAACGCAGUUCGCGAGAAGCACCCACAAAAUUCGUGCCAUUGUCGCUCCAGAGGUGGCUACAAUGGCCACGUCUGGCGACAAACCUUUUGAAGGCGGCGAGAAACCCUGCUGA